AUUUAUUUUAUGGUGUUCUAUACACUAGCUACUUUACCUAAACUAUUAAAAAAAGUAUACCUUAUUGUGGAAAAAAGGGUCAUUACAAUAAUCACUCUUGCCGGAUAAAAUACUCGAUAAUGAAUAAAUUAAAAGUGAAAACUUUAAUGUGUAGUGAGCAUAUUAAUAAUUGUUUCUGGCUCCGUCCAGGGGCGGAACCAGGGGGGAGCCAGCCGGUGCUGGCGCCACCCCUUCGCCGGAACUUUUUUAGUAUUAGUAUUAGGUAUACUGUUUAGCGCCCCGGCCGGCGGCCGGCCCCUUCGUCUUCUUCCUGAGACUGUCGUGGCCCGUGGGAGAUUGGAGAUUCAGAGAACCAGAGCGUAGAGAACGAGCGGACAGGCUGUCUUUUUUAAUAAUUAAAGAGCCAAACGACGUCGUUUGGAUAAGUGCACAGAAAAAAGAAAAACGGUGUCGUUUUAAUCAUAACUACAUAGUACGUAGUAGUCCAGACCUUUCUGUUUCGCUCAUUCGCUGUGCGCCUGUGUCUGUUCGUCCUACCAUAGUCCAGACCUCGCGUUCCUCAUCUGUUUGCCUCGCCAGUCGCCGACCUCGCGUUACAACUCCAGACUCUCCGUCUCUGCCUGACUUGCUCUGCGUGUGCGCAUCACGAACUCCGAAGUCCGAACUCAGAAGGGCAAAGCGGAAGAUUUGGGUAAAUCUCUAAGUUCGUAAGUGGUUACUCGUGUGACCAUGUUUUCAAUUGAGUGUCUUUUCUGGCAUGAAAAUCGUCAAGACUGAUUUACGGAAUAGAAUGGAAGAUGAAUGAAUGAAAGACAGCUUGAUGAUAUACAUGGAGAAGGAAGUUUUUGCCAAAAUUGAAAAUGAAGCAAUUUUGCAACGUUUACAACAUUUAAUUGUAAUAUUAUCUACUCUUCUCACAAAUUUAUAUUCUAUAAAAUUUAAUAACAAUUUGUAUUUUUUCAUUUUAUCACACUCUCAGCCACCCCUUUAUUUUCGUUCUGGUUCCGCCACUGGCUCCGUCCUUCGGAUUGAGAUGCUCUGCCGUGCGGCUGAGGUGCCUUGCGGCAACCAACGGGCAGAUGGGGAAGGAGGCGCCUCGAGAUGUGGACCACCAAAAUUUGUCGUCGUUGGAUUUUUAAUCAAUUUUUAAUCAGACGGUCCCUAUGAGCCGAACACCCUACCUUGUUCAGUUGUUCAUGAUCGGUGUAAAUGAACUUUGCCAAACAUUGGUCCACUCAAAAAACUCUGGAGAUUCGAGGUUUCAGCAAAAAAAAAACUGCUAAAGAAA